GGUUUCCUUUUCCGGUCUGACCGCUGAGGAAACUGUAAAAGCUAUGCUGGGGAGGCAGCGCGGAGCUUGAUUCACCUUCACCUGCUCUGGCCACCCGCUGACCCGGGGUUUCCGGCCGGAGAGCAGUCAGAUAUGAACGGACGGGUGGAUUAUUUAGUCACGGAGGAAGAGAUCAACCUGACGAGAGGACCUUCGGGGCUGGGCUUCAACAUCGUCGGUGGGACAGAUCAACAGUAUGUCUCCAACGACAGUGGCAUCUACGUCAGCCGUAUCAAAGAGGAUGGGGCUGCGGCCCAGGAUGGGCGGCUCCAGGAGGGUGAUAAGAUCCUCUCGGUAAAUGGCCAAGAUCUGAAGAACCUGCUGCACCAAGAUGCUGUAGACCUCUUCCGUAAUGCGGGAUGUGCUGUGUCCCUGAGAGUACAGCACAGGUUACCAGUGCAGAAUGGACCUAUAGUACAUCGAGGUGAAGGAGAGCCAAGUGGAGUUCCUGUAGCUAUGGUGCUGCUACCAGUGUUUGCCCUCACCAUGGUAGCAGUUUGGGCCUUCGUGAGAUACCGAAAGCAGCUUUGAAAUGCUUGCUGUCUUCCAGUGUGUCCAAUGAACUCUCUCUCUCACUCACCAUCUCUGACAUCCUCCCAUAUUCUUUCUCCUCCACAUAGCCAAUACAAGAUUUAAAGUGACUGCUUAUCACCCAAAACCCUGCUAUUCAAAAUCUCCUAUUCUAAUGGAAGAGUACAGGGGUUAUUUGAAGAAAAGCUGUGGUGGUGUGUGUGUGGGGGAAGCCUUGCUUAGAAUGAAUGAGAAGUUACAUAUUUUACUAGGACUGCCAAUAAAAACUCAGCUAUCAUCCAAAGAGGAAAAGCUCAGCCUUCCUGUCUCCAUGGACGACACCUUUCUCUUAGCUGGCAUGCUGUGAUGGCUAGCUGUGCUAUGUGAAAGGAGGAGCUGAUUUUGUUUUUUUUUUUUUUUUUAAAUGCUUUUUCUUGGGAAGUAUUUGUGGCCUUUAAUUUGUAACUAUAUACCUAGAUGCCUAUAUUGGACAUAGGCGAAUGAAGUUUUUUCUUUCUUUCGUUUUUAUUUUUUUUAAAUUAAAAAAGAAAAUAUAUGUAUACAGUAAUACACACACACACACACACACACAGUAGCAUAAAAUUGAUGCCUUAUGGAGAAUUAAAGAGGUAAGAAAGCUACUGGUUCUUGGGUUUCUAAUGGACAAUUUUGGGGGACUAGGGGAUCAUAUUCCCUCAUAUAUAAUCAAGACUCAUAUUGAAAAAUGAGUUCUGGAUUGUAAAGAGAACUUACUUUUUCCACUUGCCUGUAAGUCUUUGUCCACAAGUUAAAAACAUACACAGUGCUAAGGAAUGAUCAUAACUGAAACAUUUCAAGAACUAUUAGCAGAGCAUGUAUAUUGAGGAUGGGGAAGUUAGCUUUAAAAGAGAAUGCUCAGUCAGUGACAUUAGGAAAAUAAUGACUGAAGCAAUUAGUUAAAAAUUGUAGAGCAACUGGUGUUACUCAGUAGCUACAGUGCUGUGGGAAAUUGUAGUAAGGCAUCUCUACUCAAGUCAAUUUGUUCAAAAGGCUUUGGGAUAUACAGAUGAGUCCCACAGUCUCUGAACUGCCUUAGUUGCUAUUUUACAGUACUGUUAAAGGAUCCAUUGGCAUGGGAUGGGAAGCAGCAGGGCCCAAUCAACCAUCAAGACAUCUGAAAAAGAUCAUGUCUCAAGGUGGCACUUGAGCCUUCAAAACUGCUUAACAAUUCUCAGUUUCUAGUGUCAGACAAAAAGCCUAAGGGAAGGAACUGCCCUCCUGGUAGGAUGGACCUGAAUCAGCCUGCUUCUGACUGAGUUAGGAUGAGAAGGCAUUGGUAUGGGUUUUCUUUUUGAAAAAAAAAAAAAAAAAAAGUAUUUUUUGAAAAAGGUAUUUUCCCCCAAAGCUAUAAACACUAGUUUUGGUUUUAAUAAGGUUAAUGGACCAUUUUUCAAAAAGGAGAAGGAAUAAGUUUUGUUUGUUUGUAGAGGGUGCAAGGAAAUUUGGUGAGCAUUUCUGAGGAAAGCCUGAGUACACAGUGUAAUGAAGAGAUGCUGGAGAUGCAGGGAUAUUGGUGAGGUGGGAGCUGUCCUGUUUAUGUAACAUCUAAGUUGGUUUUAGAGUACUGAGGAUAGUUGAACCAAGCCUAUUUUUUUUCCACUUUAACAAAAUAAUUUCCUUCUUUUCAGUAAAUUGGCCAGACUAUUAUUUUGACAUAAGAUUAUGAAGAGUUUUCCCGACAGUCUAGCAGUCACUUAACAGAUGUUGAUUGCACAUUAGUUUUGUCAGGACACCUUUAUAAAAAGAGAAAUGCACAUAUUUCAUCCAAAGGGACAUUGUGGUUACAGUUAGGAAGGAAACCCUUAAAAUGGAGUUAGUUAUCUAAGUGUAAGUUGUUUAUAUUACAGACAGCAAAAGAAAAUAGCUCCUGAGGUCUGGACACUGAGGAUUUCAUAGAAGAGGGAAUCGUUAGGUGCCAAUCAUCUAGUAAGAGCAUGCAUAAAUAGAGGAAAAGUUAAGAAUCUUAUCAGGGUGAGUAAUAAACACAACCAGUAAGAAAAAUAUUGCCAUCCAAAACAGAGCACAGUGCAGCAACAUAGAAGAUAAGCAGAUAACCAGCAAGUAUUGUAAGGAGUUCAGAAAAGGAAAGCCAUCGUGUAGUGGCAUCAGGGGAGAAUGGAAAGGAAAGUCUAGAACAGUCCAGUGAUACUUUACCUCUGGGAAAACUCUUGAUACAGGGAGACAUUUGCUUUAAACAAUCUUCACAUAACUAAGCCAUUCAGUACUUUUUGAAACUGACUUAGUAACAGGAGUCAUUGUAAGCUCCAUAGAAGGCAAGACGCAUUCCACAUCUUGUCUUGACCAGCAGCACUCUGGAGGCCCAGUGUCUGCUACCCUUCUUGUAUCUGAUGGCAUGGGUAACAGCUCUGCCAUGGGCCUGCUUACUUCUAGUAUUCACCUCAGGGCUUGGAAAUUGGUUUUGAAAGGCUUUUAGACAUAGAAAGUAAAACUAAUGGCAAGGAGGAUAAAACACUGUUGUGUGUUGUAUUGUUGAUCUAAAUAAAAAAUAUCAUUGGUAGAAGUUUUACUUUGGUUGAUAAGGAUUCUGAUAACAUUUGGGUCUCCUUAGGAAAGAAACACUUAACUAAAACAUUUAAGUUUUAGGCAAAUACUGUAAUAUUUCACUCUUAGUUAUAUGAAAACUAAAUGAGAUGUUGAGAAUCUAUAUAGAUUAUUCAAAUUUUAUGUUUCUUAUAGACUGACUCAAAUAUUCCUACCACCUUAAAAUUAUAUAUGAUGCACCUACCACAUAAAUUAUAAUGUUUAAUGUUUUGAAAAUGGAUUAUAGGUAUUUUUAAGUUUUCAUAAAGUAUUUCUUAUAUUUGUCAUUGUGAAUUAUAUGUAAUUCUAAUAGACACUGUUUGCUUCAGUUGUUUUUGUUUCCUUUUCCUACAGUUUUCUGUGUGGGUGAUUUCAUUUAAUUAAUUGGACAGUCUAGCCACAGGCAACAAAUAGAAAUAGUAUUUGUAAUUAUAGUCUAUGCCAGGGACUGUCUUAAACUGAUUAGUAACACUAUGACUUACCCUGAGAUCUAAGUAUUGCUAUAAAGAGACUGAAGAGGAGAGAAUAAAGUAUUUUCCUAGGACUACAUAGUUGGUAAAAGAGAAUCAUGAUUUAAACUCUGGACUAUGGAUGGCAGUAUCAGUAAUAUUCCCUCAUAGCUAGCAGUCCUCAUGCAAGGUCUCUGAACAAAAGCAACGUAUCACCUGCAAAUGCUUGGGUUUCAUCCCAUUCUUAUGGAGUGAGAUGAGUGUGUGCCAGCCAGCAACUCUGUCCUUCUAGGUAACUGGUUCAUGCUGAACCUUGAGAUUCACCACUGUCAGGAGCUCUCUCUCUCUGCUUAGAAUCAUCCAGACAGCGGGCUGGUCAGCCCACAUUAAAUAAGAACAUGUGGGACUAGAAUUCAGUCAACAAUGACAUGUUUCAUCAGGUGGUUAAAAUGUACAGAUUCUGUUGGAAAUGUUCCAUGGUAUUUCAAUAGCCAGAAUGAAGAACUGGGCUAAGUCCAGAGCUCUGCUCUCUGAGCAUCUGCCCCAGAUACAGAGGCAGAGUAUGAAGUGGAACAUUGUUUUAUUCCUAGGUGCUCAGGACAGACUGAUCAACCUCCAGUAACAUAUGUGGUUAGUAAGUGCUUCAGCUUGUGUAGCCAUUAAUAACCAAGUCAUAGGAUUGUGAAUCUAAAAUACUCCUGGGUAAAAUUUGUAUUAGAAUGGAAAAAAAAAUGAGGGUCAGAAAGGUGAGCUAACUUCAAGUUAGAUACUCCCCUCUAUUUUGGUCUCAAAUUUGUUUUAGUGUGUCCACAACAUGAAAACAUACAAAAACUAUAUUUUAAAAAUCAGUUUACUUUCAUCUUUUCUCUUUAGGCUUUCAAUAAAGACCAGAAGGACUGAUAGACAGCUAGAGAGGAUCGUGUAGGCAUCCAGAUUAGAAUGGAAGAAUCCAUUGAACAAUCUGAGAAAACUAAUCAGGUGUUGUUUUAAUCACAUUAGUUUUAAGUUAGAUACAUGCUCUUUGUAGUAUUUUGGGUUUUAUUGUGCAAAUAAGCAAUUAAAAUAUAUUUAGAAGCCAAGUAUAAUGGUACAUGUCUUUGCUCUCAGCAUUAGGAUGCAGAGGCAAGCAGAUCUCUGUGAGUAGGAAGCUAGUGUUAGAUCUCCCUCACCCUCUCCUCCCUCUCCCUCUCCCUCUCCCUCUCCCUCUCCCUCUCCCUCUCCCUCUCCCUCUCCCUCUCCCUCUCCCUCUCCCUCUCCCUCUCCCUCUCCCUCUCCCUCUUCCUUCCUCCCUUCCUCUUCUUCUUCCCUGCCUCCCUCUCUCCCUCUUCCUCUGGUGUGUGUGUGUGUAUGUGUGUGUGUGUAGUCAUAAGGAUUUUAUUUUACCCACUUUGAGUGGAAUGUAUCUUUGUACAGAUAAUGAUGUUUUUCUUCAUUUAGCAGAUAACUAUCAACACUAGUACAGAAAUACAAAGAUAAAAUUUAGUCACUAAGCUGGAACAACUUACCUUUUGAGAGUGGGUGAUCUUUUUUUGUAUCUUUUUAACAUCACUGAAGAAUACAGGGUUUGACUUCCUAAGCUCUCUACCUCUCACAGUAGUUUCAGGGUUGGCUACUAUCCUAGGUUAAGUGUGCACGCUCGACUUGCCCAGAAAGCAUAUGCCACAACAGGAUCCUUCUGCACACGUUUAUUGGGAGAGCUUGAUUGCAGAGGCGAAAAGACCCAGAGCCCAGAACUGGUGCUGCUUAUAUAGGCCUAGGAGAGGCGUGUCUCACACCCGAUUGGUUAUGCUUUCAGUACCUCAUUUACAUAUCUACAUCCGAUUGGUUAUGCUCUCAGUACCUCGUUAACAUACCCCAUUUACAUAUCUACACCCGAUUGGUCAUGCAUUCAGUACCUCAUUUACAUGUCCCGGGCCAGGCAGUGACUAGGCAAAAAAACUCUACUGCACAUGCGCAUAUUGGUUGUUUACCCAAACUUAUGGGUGGUGGCCAGCGGUAGUAAGCGCCACCUUGUAAUGGCAUAUAUGGCUUCCCACAGUUAAGCCUUCUUUGCUGUACCUUUUAACUUCAAAAUUUUAUUGAGACCAGUCCUCACCUACAGUGUGCAGUUAUGAUUUUUAAAAAAGAGACAGUAUUUUAAAGAAUUCUGACCAGUGGGAAUGAGAUUCUGAACUGCCAUUAACUCUUGUGUUGAUAUGUAUAUAGAGAGUUCAAAGCAUGUGACUAUUUACCCGAUGCACUUAAUAAUACAAAAUUUGACAGAAGAAAGCACUGUUGAUGAAAAAUCCAGCUCUAUUAAACACUAAUGCCUCUAACUGCGAAUUCCCCUCAUGUUCCAUUACUAUAGGGGAGACAGGGAAGAAAGGAGGACUAAUAAAGGUUUUCAAUGCAAUUUUGUUAUUUGCCAGCAGAAUGAUUUACAAAAGAACUUCGUAAUAUAUUGACUAGUAACAGGAAACUGGGAUGAUUCUUUUCAGUGUUGACAGGUUUGCAAAUGAAGACACAGAAUUGAAUUUCGUUUCAGUUGUAAUGCUAUGUUUCUAAUUCUGUUUGAAUACGAGUUUAUUAUUACUGGAUACUUGUAUACCUUCCAGGCUUUUCACUUCUUGGAAAAUUAUUUUCUUUAAGUACCUUAUGUUAUUUCCUUUCUGCUCUGAUUCUUUUUUUUUCUUUCAGUUUUUAAAAUCUACUUAGAAUAUUAAACAGGAUGGAAGUAGAAAAAAACUCAUAUGAAGUCCUCUAUGAAAGGAAAUUGUGACAAGUUCCUGAUUGGACAGAAACCAUUCCAUCUCCAAGGGAGAAUAUGCAGUGUAACUGUGUCUUCAUAGAAUGAGUUAGAUAGUGUUCCUUCUGUUUCUAUUUUGUGGAAUAGUUUGAAGAGUAUAGGUAUUUUGUCUUCUUUAAAGGUCUGACAGAAUGGGACUCUUUAGAUAGUAUAUCUGAUAUUUGGUAUCUGUCUAGAAAAUUGUUCAUCUAUAUUUUCCAGUUUUGUUGAAUAUAGGCUUUUGUAGUAGGAUCUGAUGCUUUUUUAAUUUCCUCAGUUUCUGUUGUUAUAUCUGCCUUUUCAUUUCUGAUUUUGUUAAUUUGGACACUGUCUUUGUGCCCUCUGGUUAGUCUGGCUAAGGGUUUAUCUGUCUUGUUGAUUUUCUCAAAGAACCACCUCCUGGUUUGGUUGAUUCUUUGUAUAGUUCUUUUUGUUUCUACUUGGUUGAUUUCAGCCCUGUGUUUGAUUAUUUCCUGCCAUCUACUCCUCUUGGGGGUACUUCUUUUUGUUCUAGAGCUUUUAGGUCUGCUGUUAAGCUGGUAGGGUUUGCUCUCUCCAGUUUUUUUUUUUUUUGUUUUGUUUUUUUUUUUUUUUUUGGAGGCACUCAGAGCCAUGAGUUUUCCUCUUAGGACUGCUUUCAUUGUGUCCCAUAAGUUUGGGUAUGUUGUACUGUCAUUUUCAUUAAAUUCUAAAAAGUCUUUAAUUUCUUUCUUUAUUUCUUCCUUGACCAAGUUAUCAUUGAGUAGAGUGUUGUUCAGCUUCCAUGUGUAUGUGGGCUUUCUGUUGUUUUUCUUGCUAUUGAAGACUAGCCUUAAUCCGUAGUGAUCUGAUAGGCAUGGGAUUAUUUCAGUCUUUUUGUAUCUGCUGAGGUCUGUUUUGUGACUGAUUAUAUGGUCAAUUUUGGAGAAGGUACCAUGAGAUGCUGAGAAGAAGGUAUAUUCUUUUGCUUUAGGAUGAAAUGUUCUAUAGAUAUCUGUUGAAUUCAUAACUUCUGUUCUUUUCACUCUGUCUCUGUUUUGUUUGUGUUUCCCUGAUCUGUCCGAUGAUGAAAGAGGGGUGUUGAAGUCCCCCACUAUUAUUGUUCGCGCUGCAUUAACGUUUGUUUUAUGAAUGUGUGUGCCCUUGUAUUUGGAGCAUAGAUGUUCAGAAUUGAGAGUUCUUCUUGGUAGAUUUUUUUCCUUUGAUAAGUAUGAAGUGUCCUUCCUUAUCUUUUUUGAUGACUUUUGGUUGAAAUUUGAUUUUAUUCAAUAUUAGAAUGGCUACUCCAGCUUGUUUCUUGGGACCAUUUGUUUGGAAAAUUGUUUUCCAUCCCUUUACUCUAAGGUAGUGUUUGUCUUUGACACUCAGGUGUGUUUCCUGUAUAUAGUAAAAUGUUGGGUCCCGUUUACGCAACCAGUCUGUUAGUCUAUGUCUUUUUAUUGGGGAAUUGGGUCCAUUGGUGUUAAGAGAUAUUAGGGAAUAGUGAUUGUUGCUUCCUGUUAUUUUUAUGUGUGUGUGUAUCUUCUUUUGGGUUUGUUGAAUGAAGAUUACUUUCUUGCUUUUUUUAGGGUGUAGUAUUCCUCCUUGUGUUGGGAGUUUUCCAUCUAUUAUUAUUCUUUAUAGGGCUGGAUUUGUGGAAUGAUACUGUUUAAAUUUGGUUUUGUCAUGUAAUAUCUUGGUUUCUCCAUCUAUGGUAAUUGAGAGGUUUGUUGGGUAUAGUAGCCUGGGCUGGCAUUUGUGUUCUCUUAGGGUCUGAAUGACAUCUGUCCAGGGUCUUCCAGCUUUCAUAGCCUCUUGUGAGAAGUCAGGUAUAAUUCUGAUAGGUCAGCCUUUAUAUGUUACUUGACCUUUUCUCCUUGUUGCUUUUAAUAUUCUUUUUCUUUGUUUUGUGCAUUUGAUGUUUUGACUAUUAUGUGACGGGAGGAAUUUUUUUUCUGGUCCAGUCUAUUUGGAGGCUUGUAAGCUUCUUGUAUGUUCAUGGGCAUCUCUUUGUUUAGGUUAGGAAAGUUUUCUUCUAUAAUUUUGUUGAAGAUAUUUACUGACCCUUUAAGUUGAGAAUCUUCACUCUCUUCUAAACCUAUUAUCCUUGAUUUGGUCUUAUUGUGUCCUGGAUUUCCUGGAUGUUUUGGGUUAGGAUCUUUUUGCAUUUCGCAUUUUCUUUGACUGUUGUGCCAAUGUUUUCUAUGGUAUCUUCUGCACCUGAGAUUCUCUCUUUUAUCUCUUGUAUUCUGUUGGUGAUGCUUGCAUCUGUGACUCCUGAUCUCUCUCCUGGGUUUUCUAUCUCCAAGAUUGUCUCCCUUUGUGAUUUCUUUGUUUUUUCUAUUUCAAUUUUUAGAUCCUGUGUGAGCACUAAAAGGGGUGUAGGGGAAGGAGGGGGAAGGGCAGAUAACCUGCGCCCAGCCAGAGUUCCUCUUAUGCUCCAGGCAGGCGGAUACGGGAGGGGUACUGGGCACUGUCCACUCGGCCCUGGGUGGGCAUCUAAGCCACUGACCCCACUCAAUGGUGGGGGGAGGGCGGACAAGGGGCAGCCCCCAACCGGGGACCCCAGGGCGACACCGGGUUGCCCUGGGGUUAUUGGAGAGAGGCGAGAGUAAACACAGUGGGCCUUGAUGAACAGAGACAGUCUAUGGUUUUAGAGCUUUAUUGUAGAAAGGCAGGGAGAAAGAGAAAAGGUAGAAAGAGAAAGAGACUGGCCAUGUCCGAGAGGAGAGAAAGGGGGAAAAGGAGAGAGAGAAGAAAGGCUAGAGUAAGAGGGAGAGAGCAAGAGGGAAAGGGUGAGGAGAGAGCAAGGAGAGAGUAAGGGGAGUAAGAGCAAGAGAGUAAGGAGGGGCCAAACAGCCCCUCUUAUGGUGUGCUGUUAUCUUUACUGUUGCUAGCUAGCCUGAAAGUCAGAAGCUUGGGACAUUGCCUAUGUGACUACUAACCAUGCUUCUCUUGUGGGAGCUGAGGGGGCAGUAACUUUGACAGGAGCCAGGGUUCCAGGAGACAUGAGAGAACUCCUUCCAUCCCAUGUAAGUGAAUUAUCACCACUGGGUCCCGGGAUUCAACAUCUAGCCUCAACUGGAAACCAGGCUGUCUGUACAUAGCCCAGAGCCCCACAAUCCUGGAUGAUUUUGUUCAAUUCCUUCACCUGAUUUGUUGUGUUUUUCUGUAAUUCUUUAAGGGAUUUUUGUGUUACCUCUUUAAGGGUUUCUAGCUGUUAACCUGUGCUCCCCUGUAUUUCUUUAAGGGAGUUAUUUAUGUCCUUCUUAAAGUCCUCUAUCAUCAUCAUGACAUAUGAUUUUAAAUCAGAGUCUUGAUUUUCUGGUGUGUCGGGCUAUCCAGGGUUCGAUAGAACUGAAUUCUGAAGGUAGAACUGGAUUCUGAUAAUGCUAAGUAGUCUUGUUUUCUAUUACUUAUGUUCUUGCUCUCACCUCUCGCCAUCUGUUUAUCUCUGGUCUUAGCUCAUCUUGCUGUCUCUAACUGUGACUUGUCUCUCCUAUAAACCUGUGUGUCAGCAUUCCUGGGAGACCAGUUCUCUCCUAGAGGAAUUUGGGUCUGGAAAGCUGUGGCACAGGGUCAAUUCUGGGUGCAGACGGAAACCAGAAGGAUCCUUUCCUUGGCUGUUCCUUAGUUCCUGUAUCUUGAUGGCUUUGGGCUCGUCCCUCUUGGUCCAGGAAUUUGAGUAGAAGUGGUGGUCCUACCUGUGCUCACUGAUUUGUCAGCACUCCUGGGAGACCAGCUCUCUCCCAGCGGUAUUUUGGUAUGGAGCGCUGUGACACAGGAUCAGCUUCUGGUACAGAUGGAAACUCGAAGAAUCCUGUCCCAGGUUGCUCCUAGGCUCCUCUGUCCUGAUGGCUCUGUGUGAGUCUCUUUCUGCUCUAAUUCUUAUAUCCCUUGGAUCCCUGUAUGUAAACAUCAGCUGUUUCACAGGUUGCAUGCCUGAGAGCUACUUGCAAAGCAAGUAGACAUAAAUCACAUUAACUAGGACUCAUCACCAAUUCAUCAGUGAUCCUGUUUCAAGAUCACUGUUUGAUACCAGUGUGUCCAGAUUUGCCUCUUGAACUAUGACACUCAAUAAAGACCUGUUUAACUUAUUGAA